CUCUUGUCGCGCUGCGGUGGGAACAGCGCCAUAGAGCAGGCAAGUUAAAAGCGAUAAAUGCAACUCAUUCUGCAGAACCCAGAAGACACAUCAACCAACUCCACGUAAACCAACUCCUCUCUGAUCCAAUAUGAACCCAGUUCGUUCGUCUGACAAGUCCAUGGUCCAAGAUAUGCUCCUGGAAUUCAAUGGGGUGAAUCCCAUCCUGAUCGCUCGGGAUGCUCUGCAUGAACAUGAUACCGAGGUCAGAGUGCACCCGUGUGACUGGAAGGGGGACUGCAGGAUGCACAUUCCUGUGGAGCUCAAGCAGGUUUCUAAACAUCUCAAGCAACAUCAUGGUAUCAGCACCAGUGCCACCAGCGGGGACACGCAAAAAAUUACCUGUCUUUGGACUGGUUGUCUCGAUACCCAUACGAAACCAGGGAAUAUCUCACGUCAUGUCCUGACGCAGCAUCUUGGGGUACGAUGGAUUUGCUCGAAGUGUGGGUCUUCACUCUCGCGAGAGGAUGCCUUUCGACGACAUUCGCUCGAAAGUUUGAGCUGCCAGUCUGCGGAAGUCGUUGUUGACUACGGAGACGAAUCACAGGUCAUUGACCUAGUGUACAUUGAUGGAGGUUGGUCGGCUAGCCAGAACGUCAUGUUGAUAUAGUCCUCGGUGUUACCUUACAGUGAUAUCCCUAUUAUUUUGUAUUCCAACCUCAUAUGUAUCUCCCUAUAGCUCCUGUCCGUCAUUAGUAAUGUCCUACCGUAUACUCCUACUUAGUUGAUCUACAAUAUUUAUACUGGAAAUUAUGUAUUUUUUCCUUGGAUCUCGUUGUGGUGUCGA